CGAGUGGACAACAAGGACAAACUGGACACCGAUCCCCCGGAUGCCAAGGACCUUCUGCAAAUCCUAAAAGCCAUUAAUUUUGACCCCUGGGUGGAAGACCUCUUUACGGACGCCUUUAAUGCCGUCGGCCCCGUUCUCAUGAUGGCAGUCCACGUUCUCGUCAUCAACUGCCUCAUGCACAACCCGGAUGCUUUUGCAGAGCGGAUGGUUCGAGCUGCCACCUCCGAAAAAUUCAAGGCGGGCCCAACGUUCAAAAACAUGAUGCGGUAUCUCAUCGACAACAUCUUGAUUAGGCGCCGCACCAUCAAAAGAUCCACCAACGACUGCGAUACAGCAGCGUAUUUGGAAGAGGAAGAUGAUGACAGCCAUCAAGCACGGCCCAGCAGAUCCAGAAGGAGCCUGGCCCAUGCCGAUCCAACAACCCAAGGCUCCUCUGCUGGACCAUCCAUAUCCCGAAGACGUGUGGGCUUACCGUCUACAGACAGAGGUAGGACAAACAAGAGGCCAACAGCAACCACUUCAAGGAGACGUCCAUCCACCCUCGAAGUAAGUGGAAUAAGUGCCCUAGCCAAGAGCAACGACGAUGCCGAGGGCAAGGCAAACAAGCAGAUAUCAGCCCAGCCCUGUCGACGAAGACGAGGACUUCUCCCAGGACCAUGA